GAAGUUGCAUGGUUGCGUCUUCUGUCAUGUAUGAAGUAUAUGAACGUUAUGGAUAUAUGUGCUUGUUCCCUUGGCGUUUUUAAUGUAUGAACAUACGAAUGUGAAACACUAAAAAUAGUGUGAGUGCAGAUGGAUUACCGGGGAAUGGGUCAUUAUGACCCGUCCGUGACUGCUUCAUCAGAUGAAAUGCUGAUGUAUGCUGAUGGGAGUGCACAUUAUCCAGUGGAAGGAGAUACAUAUGAAUUACCAAGUGAAGGGUUCGAUCCUGCCAGUGAACAUUUUGCUGAGGGUUACACGGAUGCAGAGUUUCAAGAAACACACACCAUCCUUGCAGAUGGCGGGGAACGUUUUGGAGUGUCAGCAGUUGCAUUUGAUCAGCAAGAGGAAUUACUGUGGAUGGGUAAUCAAGGUGGUCAUGUCACAUCAUAUUAUGGCCCUGGUCUCCAGAAGUACACUUCUUUCCAAGUCCAUGCAAAUCAGGAGGUCCGUCAUAUUCACACAUUUGAAGGGGGGAUCUUAGCUUUAACACAGACUGCUCUUCGUUGUCAGAUGCGAAGAGGAAUACCAAUAUUUACAUAUAGUUCAGAUAACAUGGAAGAAAUGCAGUGCCAACUUCAGACUUCUCGAGAUGUGUUAUUAAUGGGUGGGCACCAAGAUAAAUUAAUUGAAUUUAAUUUGAAUCAGUGUCAAGAAACAAAUUUGUUACAUGUGGGAAAAAAUGGAUGUGCUAUCCUGAGACAGCAUCCUCGAUUUAUAUGUGCUGGAGAUCCCACUGGUAGAAUUGAUCUGCGUGAUCCUAACACUCUGCAAGUAGAACAUACAUUGGAGGCACACUCAGGAAGUUUAUCCGACUUCGAUGUACAUGGAAAUCUUUUGGUUACAUGUGGAUUCUCAAAUAGGCAAGGAAGCUUAUCAGUGGACCGUUUUCUCAUGGUGUAUGAUCUCCGUGUGAUGCGUGCUGUCACACCCAUACAAGUCAUGUUGAACCCUCUACUACUAAGGUUUCUGCCUUCAUUUUCAUCUCGUCUGGUUACUGUAUCUGCUCUUGGUCAAAUGCAGCUUGUUGACACUGUAGCACUUUCACAGUCAAAUCUGUGUUUGUAUCAGAUCAAUACUGCUGGCUUAAUGUGUCUUUCACUUGACGUUUCUUCAUCCUGUCAGUGUAUGGCUUUUGGUGAUGGUGGUGGUUCUAUCCAUUUCUAUACAUCCAAUCCACAUGCAGCCAUGUUCAAUAGCUUUUCACGUGAGACUGAAUUUGCUGAUCCAGUCGAACCUCUACCACCAAUCAGUAUUCUGGAUGAUGUUACACCAUUGUCUUCAAUUCCAUUACCGUACUGCCAACAGGGCACUUCAUUGCUCUCUGAUUGGCCAGAGCAGUAUUUGAAGAAAGUAUACAGGCGGCCAGCGCCGAUUGAUCCAGAGAUACUGAGAACCAUGAAAAUGCAAGGAACGAUUGGCUACGCACCAAACCCCAUGGGCUGCCGAAGAAAUCAAGUUGCAUAUAAACUGGAGAAACAUGGUGGAGGCCGUAGGCAGUCAAAGCUGUUCAAUAGUGAUUCUCGGACAGGUAAAUCAGGAGAAGAGGCAAAUUUUAUUGCAAUUCCAAAGCGCUACCGUAAGAUUGAUGUCAAGUAUUCAAAGAUGGGCAUGGAAGACUGUGAUUUUGACCAAUACAACAGAACUGGUUUCUCUGGUCUUGAAGCAACUCUUCCAAACUCCUACUGUAAUGCAAUGCUUCAGCUGCUGUACUAUGUGAACCCUGUCCGGAGUAUUUUGCUGUCACACCUGUGCCACAAGGAGUUCUGCCUUGCUUGUGAGCUUGGCUAUCUGUUCCACAUGCUUGAUGUAUCACAAGGAUUUCCCUGCCAGUCCAGCAACUUUCUUCGAGCUUUCCGCACUGUUCCUGAAGCCUCAGCACUUGGUCUUAUUCUUUCUGACCAAAGUCCCGAAAGUAAGAAGAAAACAAACUUAAUCCAACUCAUUCAGAGUUGGAAUCGCUUCAUCCUGCAUCAAAUUCAUUAUGAAAUUCUAGAAACACGGAAACAAAAACUGUUGGAGCAGCAACGGAAGAACGGUUUUCAUACAGAUGGUGCAAACUACUUUGUAUACAAGGAAAAGGAUUUUCCCAGCAUACUUGGUGAUAUCCACUCAAGACUUGUGUCAAAAGCCCAUGGGAACAGUUUAGCCAUCCAUGAUGCAGAUGAAAGCAGAAGUAAGAGAAUCCAAGACUUCCCCAGCAUUUUGAAUGACAUUCAUUUACAUCUUACACCCAAAACACUACCAGAAAAUGGUCCUAACUCCAGUACCUGUGGUGAAGAGGAUGGUAAAUAUAUGUGGAUAUCAACAUCAACUGCAGGUGAGAAACAAGAAAAAGGAGAGAGCAGCACUGGAAAGGAAGCACAAGAUGAGGAAACUGAAAUUAGCCAUCUCUUUGGGAUGAAACAGAUUCAUGUACAUAGAUGUCUAAAAUGUGGUCGUGAAGUUAGCAAGGAGUCCAUAGUUCUACUGUGUAACCUCAUAUAUCCAGACAUUACUGCAGGUAAAGUGGAAUUUAGUUUCUGUGAUGUGCUACUACAAAGUUUGUGCCCAGAGCAGACUACUCCAGCAUGGUGUGACUGCUGUGAUAAGUAUCAGCCAACUUUGCAGUCUCGUCAGUUAAAAGUUCUGCCAGACAUCCUAGCCAUGAACUGUGGUCUGGACAGUCAGCAGAAUAAGUGCUUCUGGCAAACACAGAUGGACCAGGUUGUCCAGAAAGUAUUAGACCAGACUGGCUUCCAAGGUGCCGGUGGUUCAACAAGUAAACCAUGUCGAUAUGCUUCCAGCUGUUCUAGACCAGGUUGUCGAUUUAAGCACCCUGGCAGGAUAGGAGAAAACAGUACUACAAAUACAGGUCUUCUGUAUAAUACACAUUCGUGGCUUCCUAUGCAUAUUCGGAUAGAGCUGUUAAGGAAGGGAGGAGUUAAUAUCAGGAAAAUACCACCAGCAGAUAUGGAAUCAUCAGAUGGAGUCACUGUGUCUGAGGAUGUGACACAAGCCAUCAGUUAUGACUUAGCUGCCAUUGUGUGCUACAUCGAUUGUCCACAUCAGCAUGAAAAGAAGAACUUGGUGGCACUUAUCAAUGUGGGACCCAGCUAUCAUGCCAGGUCCAAGGGCUCACCUGUCAGCCAGUGGUACAUCUUCAAUGACUUCAGCAUCUCACCUGUUCCUGCCCAUGAGGUGAAUUGGUUCAGUUUGGACUGGAAAAUACCCUGUGUCCUGUACUGGGUAAACCGGGACAUGCCCGAGAAUGUGGUAUCUAAAGUUCAGAAUCCUCUCACAGUAGACGUCUUUUUUGAAGACAAGUGUCUAGCACGUAAUAAUGGGGCCAGAAGAAUGAUCACAUUCACACCCCUGGCAGCAGAUGAAAUGCCGGGGCAAGGUGACAUAGUAGCAAUGGAUGCAGAAUUUGUUACCCUAAACCAAGAAGAGGCUGAACUUCGUAGUGAUGGCAAAUUGUCAACUAUCAAGCCAUCACAUAUGUCUGUAGCUCGUAUCACUUGCAUACGUGGGUAUGGUCCACUAGAAGGAACGCCAUUCAUUGACGACUACAUCUCAACACAGGAGCAGGUAGUGGACUACUUGACAAAGUUCUCAGGCAUAAAACCAGGAGACUUGGAUGCCAACUUCAGCUCUAAGCACCUCACAACACUCAAGGCCACAUACCAAAAACUUCGCUUUCUUGUUGACAAUGGAGUAAAGUUUGUUGGGCAUGGCCUCAAAAAUGACUUCAGAGUGAUCAAUUUAGUGGUUCCCGCAGACCAAGUAAUUGACACAGUUCUUCUUUUCCAUCUGCCACACCAUCGCAUGGUUUCCCUCCGCUUUCUAGCAUGGCACUUUCUGGGAAUAACAAUUCAAUCAGUCACUCAUGAUUCAAUUGAGGAUGCUCGUACAGCUCUUCAAUUAUAUCAGCAUUAUCAGCAAUUGGAACGUAAAGGCAAUGUGACUUCUGCUUUGAAAGAAUUGUAUGAAGUUGGUAAGAGGUUACAAUGGAAGGUACCACUGGGCAGUGAUACUUAAGAAAAUCUGGUAGUUGGGUUUUAAAUUCCAGAGAUGAAUUUAACUCUUAUGAUGAUAUUUUUUAAACAUUUUUUUUUAUUGAUAGAACUCACAAAGAAAUAAAAACUCAACUUCAAAAGACAUGGUAAUUCUGAAAUUUUGAUGAGAUGUUAGCUGUUCAUUUUCCAAAUGGCUAGUGUGUUAUGAAUACUUUCUUAAAUUAUAUAUAUAUAUAUAUACUAUUUAUUUUUAUAUUUUAAACUUCAGUAGUUUGCCAGAAUUACUACACACUUACCAUAUGAAUAGUUCUAGUUCAGAAUCUUUGCAGCAUUUGAAGUGAUGUAUGCAUUAUUCUUAUUAAUUUAUAGUUAUAAUUUUAUUCUUCUUAUGAAUGCAAUGUAUGAAUGUACAUAUUUUAUUCUUUUGUGUGUUCUAUCAAGAAAUGAAGUUAAAUGCUCAUUCCAUACUUCCAAUAAAGAUAUAAAUCAAAUUUGUAUUCCUUUAGCACUCUCUUAAUGGCUACUAAUAAUGAACUCGCAGAUUUGGCAUUUUCUUAGAUUUAAUAUAGGCUAGUAUAUUUAAGGAAUAUAUGUCUGCUCUAAUUUUAUGCAAUGAAAGUGCAAUGUUUUUUCUCCUUUAUUCUUAACAGUUUUUGCACAGUCUGUUCAUAUAUGUUUAAAAAAAAUGAUGUGUAAUAAUUAUUUACAUAGCUUUACAUCAUCCAAGGCAUUGUUCAAACAUAAUAUCAUCUGGUUGCUUGGUAGAACUCUCAAUAAUAAAAUUACAUUUUGUAUAAUAUUAUACUACAAAGCCACACUUAAUUGAAGAUUACGGAAUUUAUUUUAAGGGGCUUGAUUGGUAAAUGCAUAUAUUGCAUGUAUGUUAGCCAAUUCAGUUCUAUUCAUUUUCUAUGAAUUUAAGCAAAUUCAUAUACUUAAAUACUCAUAUGAAUUAUAUUUCUAUCAAAUUUCCAAAAUCAAACAUAUUUUUUAAAUAAAAAAUAAUUAACCAUAAAAUGUUUCACUUCAUGAAAAACACUUUAAAUACUAGAUAAGCGAAAAUUUUUGUCAAGUUUGUUGCUUCUGACGUUGAUUGUUAUUUCUUCCUAUACUGGAGAUCCCAUUUUGUGUGUGCAUGUGUGCAUGCAAGAUGGAUUUUCAUGUUAUGUGUUGAUGUGGAUGUCAUGUAAUUGGGGGUCACCUGACCAUUGCAUUUUAUAAUUCCCAGCUACAGAUGACAUCAGUGUGGCUCCUCUGCAUAUUUCUGAAGUUAAAGCAACAGUAGCACAAUUUAAUGUGGUCUCCUGCUGUUCACAAUGAUGAAUAUUAAAAGAAUGUGCAGUGUAUAUUGAGCUUGUUUUUAAUGGAAUGUAGAACAGUGUUUAGCAUCCUGGGAAAUUUCCAUUUAGCAGCUUUCCAUUUUACAGCAAUAACUGAUAAACUGUUGAGACUGAGAAUUUAGAAGUUGUUAUGAAGAUAGGAAAUAGACAGGGUGUAAGUUUUGUAGGAGCAUUGCUAUUAUAUGACCUUAGAACAACAUUUUGGUAGGUUGAAAAUCAUAAAUAUAAUAGUGGUACAAAAACUUUGAGGGUAUUUUAUUUUAUUGGAAAUUAUGCACAUGAAUAGAUCACUGAAGUGAAUACUUUUAUAUUGCAUGUCUACCACUCCCACUGACUUUUUAAACAAGUGAUACAUUUUCACAAAACCUAAUAUGAACAUCAUGCCAUUACUGAUGGUCUCCCUUUCACAUCAUAAGGGGUCUUAAAAUUUUCUGUGGUAAUUGUGCUUCAAAAAUAUACAACUUUUCUUAAGGAAAAUUAUGAUGAAAUGUAUAUAACAUGUUGGUCAUAUGAAAUUUAUAUUUAUCUUUUAAUUUCAUGGCAAUAAGAAAUGAGCAGCUGGACCUAAACCUGUAAGAUUUUGUGUGGAGAUAAACUUAACUACAAGUUCUAUAUGAAACAUUUUGAAUAUGCUUACAGUUACAAACAUAAUAACAGUGCAAAGGUUUAAGGUUAUAUCAACACAUUUAUUGUAAUUAUAAUUUGUACUGGUGGAAGAUACUCACACAGAUAGAUCAGUAAAUUGCAUAAUUAUUGAUUUAUUAUUCAUGUUAAUACAUGCAAUGAAGAAGCAUUUGAAGGAAAAUAGGUAUCUCAGAUAGAGGUCAGUUUCAAAUUAAGAAGUUUUAAUUUAUCCUUAUUGUUGAUGGAAGCUGAUACAUUGAAAUCAUUCCAGAUGAUUUGUAUUUUAACCCGUUUACUGCUGUGAACAGAAAUUAUUGCCUUUAUACUGGAUGUUCCUAAAAGAAUGGUGGGGUUUCAGAUACGUAUAUAUUUUGUAUUUCUUACCGUGUACAAUCAUAACAUGCGUCAAUCGGAAGCUUAACUGUCCAAAUUUUAUGUGCAUCCAUCAAAGUGCCUCUGUGUAUGCACCUUUUGUUACCCGGCACCCAUCAAUGCGAAAGUCGAAUUCCUGCCACACCCGCUGCAGCAUUUCAGGUGUGAUUGUCUCCACAGCACGAUUGAUUGUUUCGGAGAUCCUGGAGCGAUUGGGUCAAUGGGGAUACAUAAACCACGUCCUUCACGUACCCCCACAAGAAGAAAUCACAUGGAGUUAUGCCCGCGGACCAGGGUGGCCACUGGAGAAAGGGAGCAUCUUCACCUGCAGCACGUCCAAUCCAUCGUUUGCCUAACUGUCGGAAAUGGAACUAGGAAAGAGUGUGAUAUACAAAAUGAAAAUUUGAGAGCCAUGUUAUGAAUCCGUAUAUGUUUUGCUUUUCAUCUGCAAAAAUUGAUGGAGAUAUACGGCAAUGAAAUCCCACCAUUCUUUUAGGAACACCCUGUACAGAACAAGAAUGAUUUUGUGUUCUGAAAAAUUUUUCAAAAAGAAUAAAAUGGAAAAAAACUGACAUUUCAGACAAGAAUCUAGUUAAAGAUAAAAUGAAGAAAUAUAUGUAUGCGGUAUGGAAUAUUGUAGGAAUACGAAAAUAAUAACAACCCCCCCCCCGCAGUGAAAGGAUUAAAGUAACUAAUGAGGUUUUAGUAUCAUACUGCUUUUUUCAAGCACUAAAUGUAAUUCAUAAACAAGAGGAAAACAAUAUUGCCAUAACAUUUUGUUGUUGCAUUGUCCUCCAAAUGUAAUAGUAAACUGGUAAUGUUGAUGAUAUGUGAUUUUAGAAUGGAAGUUGCAGUUCUGAAGGUGUUGUAAUUCCGUUCUCACUCUGGUUCUAGUAUUCAUAGAGUGGUUUGUGUAACUGUGUACAACAUUGCUUCUUACUCAUAUGUGUGAUGACCAGUGAUGUUCUAGGCAGUAGUAAGUUUAGUAAUUUUUUUUUUUUUUUGUGAUUUGGCUCUAAUGGUAGUUCAUAUCACAGGUGAUAUAAAUAUAAUCAUGUAAGUAGAUACUGGUAUACUGUAAUGUGUUUUCAUCUGUGAACCUUAUAGCAUUGUUUUGAAAAAAGUUUUUCAACCAAAAAAAGGAGCAGGCACCAUUCCAAUUAAUUGUAUCUUUAACUUAAUUUUAAUUGGGGGUAUAUAAACUUUGAAAUAUUUAACCUGUUAUGAGAAGAAAUUCUAUUUUUUUAGAUUACUUUUUUACAAAUCAAAGACAGUAUUCAAAUUGAUGUGUCCUAUUUGCCGCUAAUUAGGAUACAAAAUUGUAUUUGAUCAUAUGUUGUGGCACAUACAUACAUUUAUGAUUUUAAAGAAAAAAUAAUUAAAUAUUAGUAUGUCAUAUUGACAGAUCAAGUUCUACUUUUGAAGACCUGCCAUUCUGAGAAUUUACAAUCAUUGUUUGUGUGAAAAUCUUGAAUAUCAUAUAACAUUUAAUGCAACUCUUGGCUGAUAGUUGUAUUUAAUGUGACUAAUUUUAUGUUUAGGUGUGGGGUUUGUUCGCAUAUAUUCUGGAAACAAAAUCAUAUAAUAUUUCAGACAAUUAAGACAAGUGAAGGUGAUUAAUUCAUUCAGGAAUUUGAACUUUGUUUUACUAUGCGAGUUGAAAAAUCUGAACUAGAGAGAGAGUGUGCGUGAAUGUGUGCAUGCAUGUGUCUCCCCCCCCCCACUAUCCAUAAGACAUAUCACCAUGUAGUGCAUUGCAUCACAUGUGCAAGGCAUCAUAAAAACUUCAGAUUAUUUAUCCGUUUCAUUUUAGUUCUGGAGACUAUAAAAACAAAAAUGUGCCCUCUAGUAGGCACUUGUACUGCUGAUAUAAUUAUGCAUUAUAAGAAUUUCAAAUCAGAAAUGAGCAAUAAUUCUAGAUGCUGCUAAAAUUACAUUUUGAUAUAUCAUAAAUUACAUUAUUUCAGAAAAGUACCUUGAUAUACUUCAUAAUAUAGGGUGUCCGGAUGAAUGGUAUCCAAACUAACAAAUUUGUAUCUUAAUUUCAAAGCGCAAGCAUCGCUGCAUCAUGUGUUCUGACCUUGAAUGUAACAGUACUGUUCUGAUGCUCGUGGGAAAAUGGCAGCUGAACAGAGAGCCAAUAUCAAAUUUUGUUUGAAGUUAGGCAAAACAGCCGGAGAAGCGUAUGACAUGAUUGAAAAGUGUGUACGGUAG